CGAGGAAUCCGUUGAUGGUCCAGUCAUUCUACAUAUAUUUCCCUCGAUUGAGGUAGAUCGAUGCCAUCUGCAGAGCUGUGACUGAUCGAGAGUCGUUGAUGUUGCACCACCAGAUGAAGAGGAGACCCAAAGGGGCGGGGGGCUUGCCGAGAGUGUGGGGCGGGCCAAGCCUGUCAAAACAAGAGACACACCCCAGGGGUGUAAGGAGUCCUCUCGAAUUUGAACGGGGUCCAGGCUCGGGAGUUGCAGUCUCCCAUUUGCGAGCGGCGGCAACAAACUGACCUAUUUCCUCCUAACCAAACUCCUAGAAACAGGGGAAGUGUGCAAUGAUUGACCGACGAUAGCUUUAUUUUUAUGUGCCGAGCGACGAAUACCCCGUUCUUCCUGAGCCGAUGAACACGACAGGAUUUCUUUGUUAAGCGUCGUCGACUUCCAAGAUGCGUCCCCUCCAGCCGCUGAACACAACGAAUGCGGGCGCCCGAGACCAACAGACGUUUUUGUCGCCGUCCGAUUACGACGCCGAUGCGAUUUCGAUCCGCAGCGAUCAGGACACGGAUAGUGAGGAUGACGAGAGGCAGAUGAGAGCGAGGAACAGUCGCGAGUUGAGGGCGCACGACAGGCUGGUGCUGAUGGAGGAGGAGGAGCUUGGCCAGUUGGUGACUGAGACACGGAGGAAGAAGGAGAGGGAGAGGAGGGGCUCUGGGUUGCCGUUGCCGAUACCGAAUCCGUUGACGUUGUUUUCGAGGAGGCUGAGCGAUGCUUCGAGAUCGAGGUCGGCGAGUCCAUCAUUUCACUCGGCUGAGUCGGUUGACGGGAAUGAUGGGGGGGAGAGGAGGUCGAGGAGAAAAGCGAGGAGGAAGGCGAAGAAAGACCGGUUGCUGACUGAGGCGCAACAUGGUGAGGAUGGGGAGUUGAUGUAUGAAAUGGAAGAGGGGGGGGUGAAGAGUGGGAGCGAUACUGGGGAAAGCAGUGAUCGGGAUGACAGCGAUGAGGUGGACAGGAAGAAUCUCUUGCACAUGGGUGCUGUGAAAGCGAAGAGAAGGAGGAACUGUUGUCGCUGGGGCCUACUUUAUGCACUCAUAAUUGUUGGCUUUGGGAUUCUGGUUUUGGUGGCUUGGAAGUUGUCAAUUGAGAAGAAGGCAACGGCACAAACCGCAGCGAAACUUGUCAGCAACGGCACGGCUCUGUUUGCUCCUACGACCAUUAUCAUCAGUUUAGACGGAUUUCGCGCCGAUUUUGUUGACAGGGGCUUGACACCGAGGCUCAAUGCCUUUGUCAAAGAGGGUGUAUCACCACGCUAUAUGCUGCCGUCUUUUCCUAGCGUCACCUUUCCUAAUCAUUACACCUUGGUCACUGGCCUGUACCCCGAGGCUCAUGGGGUGGUUGGCAACUCCUUCUGGGAUCCCGAGCUCAAAGAGGAAUUCUACUACACUGAUCCUAAAAGAAGCCUGGAUCCAAAAUGGUGGAAGGGUGAGCCGUUCUGGGUGACAGCUCAGAAGCAAGGCCUCAAGACUGCGAUACAUAUGUGGCCUGGGAGCGAAGCUCACAUUCUCAACACGAACCCUACCUACAUGGACAAGUACAACGGAAAGGAGAAGCUGUCCAAGAAAGUCGACCGGGUUCUUGAGUUCCUGGAUAUGCCGGAUGAUGAGCGCCCACAAGUGAUCGCGGCAUACAUUCCUAAUGUUGAUGCGGUUGGGCACACAUUUGGUCCCAACAGUACCGAAAUUCAGCUUACAAUUGGCAAGGUCGACAAGAUGCUAGACCGCAUCUUUAAGGGGCUGGAGGAACGACGCUUGACAAAUAUUGUCAAUGUCAUUGUCGUUUCUGACCAUGGCAUGGCAACCACCGAUAUAACACGCGUUGUGCAGUUGGAGGAUCUUGUCGAUGUCAGCAAGAUCGAACACACCGACGGAUGGCCGCUGGUUGGUUUGAGACCGAAGAAUCCCAAUGAUCUUCAGGAGAUUCACGCACAGUUGGUUGAGAGGACCAAGGCGAACCCGAAUCUCGACGUGUACCUCAGGGAUAUGGACAUGCCUGAGAGAUGGCAUUUCUCCCGGAAUGACCGCAUUGCUCCUUUAUGGAUCGUGCCCAAGACUGGGUGGGCGCUUGUGAAGAUGGAGGAGAUGAAUCUGAAAGAAGCACAAGCGAAGGGUACUGUCUAUGCGCCACGCGGCCUACACGGGUACGACAACGAACACCCUCUAAUGAGGGCGUUGUUUGUCGCUCGGGGCCCUGCUUUCCCUCACCAGCCAAAUAGUGAGGUUGAGGUUUUCCAAAACAUCAAUGUCUAUAACAUGCUCUGUGAUUCAGUUGGGAUCACCCCUGCGCCAAACAACGGCACCCUUAGGCUUCCUCUGAAGCCGAUUGGUCUGCACAGCGAUCACGAAUUUGAUUCGCCUGCUGAGUCGAGCACCCAAACGCCUGUGUUGUCAAGCUCAACAUCGGCGAAGCCUGUCAUGGUCAACCCAGUCACAGCCAGUGCUCCUUUGGUUGCUCCAACAGCAACAGUGACAAGGACGGUUGAGAAGACUAUCGAGGUCGACAAGCCGACAGCGCAGCCCUCUUCGGAUCCCUCAGGCGGUGACGAGGGCGAUGAUGGCAAGUCCCCUCUGGACAAAGUAGGUGACUCGGUCAAAGGGUUUUGGGACUGGUUUUCUGGAAAGGUCUCGCAUUGGUGGGACAAAGUCUCCAACGGCAGUGAUGGCGAGAGUGAGGAGCCUCCCGAAAACCCCAACGAGUAAUCACAGGUGUGGCUUGGGGGGAAAGGUUGUAUAAUGGUGUCUUUUGACACGUGCUUGCAUAGAGGCUCAUUGCAUCAGGCCGGUUGUUUUGGGUAUUUUUGAAGGAGUUACCAGGAGUUGGAAACUAAAUUGCCUUGGCCUCAUAGCUGUACUAAGGUUGCUCUGAAGAGCAGCUAGGUUUGGCCGUAUAUUUCGUGUCGUUUAGUAAUACAUAGUAGUGGACACGUUGACGUCUACCAGUAAUCCGAUUCGGUCUGAACUCGAAUGCCUCAUGGGAGGCUGAGUGAAGCG